UUCGUGGCCUCAGUAUCCAGUCUCCACUUCAGCCAUAUCAUUUAACAAACACCACACUAUAUAAGGAGAAUUUUGUGGACUGCUUUUUCAUUUCAUUUUGAAGCAGAAGGCUGGCCUGAGCAAUCAUGUUGUCUUACUCAUCCUACAUCCUCAUAGCACUGGCUGCUUUGUUAGUGACUUGCCACGCAUUGAGUAAAUGCCCAGGAGUUUCUGGGCUACCUGGUAUCGCUGGAAGGGAUGGUCUGAAAGGUCUGCCUGGUUCUCUGGCCAGCAAACACCACGAUGCUUCAGCAAAUUUGAAACACCGACUUUUCCAACUUGAGGCUGUGCUUGCUUUGAAUGGAAAAAUAAGAAAAGUAGGAGAGAAAAUACUUGCUAGCAAUGGGAAGAAAGUUGACUUCGCAUCUGCACUACAAUCCUGUGAAGAGGUUGGAGGAACUCUUGUAGCUCCCAAAAAUGAGGAGGAGAAUAAAGCUAUUAUGGACAUUGUGAAACAAUAUAACCAAUAUGCUUACUUGGGCAUUAGAAAGGGGGAGACUUCAGAUCAGGUUAAGUAUAUAAAUGGCAUGCCUCUGAGUUACAGCAACUGGCACCAGCAUGAGCCUAAUGGCAAAGGGAAAGAGAAAUGUGUGGAGAUGUACACUGAUGGCACCUGGAAUGACAAAAAAUGCAACAUGUACCGUCUCACAAUCUGUGAGUUUUAAAGAAUGGCCUUUCAGCCACCUCAGAGUAUGGAGAUAAUGAAGUAUCUGUGUUUCAGAUUGAUUAAAUUCCUGCAAUUUCUCUGUAUCCUAAAAUAUAAGAUGAAUCAUAUUGUGAUAUUUUUUAGCCUUAGGAAAAUGCCAAAUAUGCUAGGUGAUUAACAUGAUUAAAAUGUGCCUGAACUGA